GAGCCGGCCCCAUCGCAGUCAGCAGCAUUAGCUCUCUGAUAUCAGUUCAGCAAUGCCUGCACCUUGUUUGUAGCUCGCAGCUCUUUGUGAGGCAAUCAGAGGUAUUGCCCUCUCUCCGUCUGAGGCCUCUUCUCCUGCCUCCCCAGUGACCCCAGUCAGAGACGUGAGAGGCUCUCAGUAAUGUGCUUCUGACCAAGGAGGCGUUACUAGCUGUUGGACCCUGGCCGGGAGAGCUUUGGGAAGAUGGAGAACCGGAGAGGAGAGCUCCUGGAUGCCCUCUGGGAGGAAGAGGAAGAGGAAGAGGAUGGGGUGGCUGCCAGUGCCUCCUCCAGCCUCCGCCUGAGUGAAGCAGGGGACGUGCAGGUGGAGAUGCUGGAAAAGGCCAGGGAGCUCUUUCAGUUGUGUGACAAGGAGGAGAAGGGCUUCAUCACCAAGCUGGACAUGCAGAGGCUGCAGAGCGAACUGCCCCUGACCCCAGAACAGCUGGAGGCUGUCUUUGACAGCCUGGAGCAGGACAAUAAUGGGUACCUGACACCUGUCGAGUUCAGCAUGGGACUAGGGAAGUUCAUAGGGAUUGAGCUGUACCAAGGGUCUGGGAGCACAGAUCACUCCAGACAUGAGGAGACCUUUGAGUCAGGCUGGUCAGACGACUUGGACCAGACAGAUGACGAAGAGGAGAAGCGAUUUUGUUCAAUGAUGGAGCAGCUUGGAGCAGCCCAGGUCUUUGAAGAUCAGAGUGAGGUUCAGGAGCUCUGGACUCGUCUCCAGAAAGAACGGCCAGAUCUCUUAGCCAACUUUGAGGAGUUCCUGUUCCAUGUUUCAUCGUACAUCAGGGAGGUGCAUUAUGAGAAGGAAUCCAUGGAGCAGGCACUGAAGAGGAAGGAGACAGACCAUGACAGAGAAGUCAGGUGUCUUUAUGAAGAAAUGGAGCAACAGAUCAAAGCGGAAAAGGAACGACUGCUCUGCCAGGAAUCACUGAGGCACGACAGGAGCAACCUGCUGCAGAAGGAGCUGCGCAGCAAGGAGCAGGAGCUUGAGAAAAUCCUCUAUCGGCAAAAAAAGCUGGAACAUCAAAUACAGUCUCUGAACGCUGAGCAGCUGGAGACCCGGGUGCAGAACGAGCGGCUCCAGCUUCUGAAUGAAAACCUCCUGGAGCAGCUGGAAAGAAGCAAGUGGGAGCUGGAGGUGGCCAAGGGGCAUCUGGAGCGACUCCAGAAGGAGGCUCAGUGUGAACAGGAAGAGAAAGACAGGGAUGUGUUCAGAGUCUCUAAGAAUAUGCAGAAAGAGAAACAAAGUCUUCUUCGACAGCUGGAGCUCCUCAGAGAGAUGAACAAGAAGCUUCGGGAUGACAGAGAUGCCUUUGAAGCCAAGAAGCUGGCACCUCAGAGCAAAAGGCCCCUGUUGAAGAAAGGCUCAGUGAUAGGCAAAUACAUGUUGGAGGACAAGCCGGUCAAACGACAGCUGGUUCCUGGGGAUCUUCCUCUCACUUUCCUGGAGGACAUAACUGUGGAAGAGCCCAACAAGAAGAACUGUAAAUACUUCCUGGCCACCACCACGGCACUGAAGAAGGGGAAAGCAAGCAGAAUGAGCUUUGGAGAGGGCCGCACCUCAAGUUGCGAGCGAGAGCGGCAGCAAAUGACAGGGGCGGGCAGACACCCAAAGAUGGCUCCGAAGGGUGAUGUCAACUGGAGGCAAACAGCAGAUGAAUUGGAUGAUGAUGCCCCAUUGUCCUCCAGAGAGCAGCCCAUUGGCACUGAAACCAUGGCACCUGAACCAGUCAGCUCUUCCCCAGAACGUCUCUUCAAAGUGGUGUUUGUGGGCAACUCUGGCGUAGGCAAGAGCUCCUUCAUCCAUCGCUUUUGUUAUGACAGGUUCUUGGCUGAGAUCAGUGCAACCAUUGGUAUUGAUUACCAGGUGAAGAGUUUAAUGGUGGAUAACACCCAGGUAGCCUUGCAGCUGUGGGACACAGCGGGCCAGGAGAGGUUUCGGAGCAUCACCAAGCAGUAUUUCCGGAAGGUGGAUGGUAUCUUUGUGAUGUAUGACAUCACUGAUGAGUGCUCCUUUGUGGCAGUGCGGAACUGGAUGAGUAGCAUCCAGGAGCAGUAUCCAGCCCCGAGGUAUUCCUGUUUUCCAGACGGUUCUCAUGGGAGCCUUGCUCUGUCUACCCUACAGGAAGGGAUUGAGGAUGGAGCCAUGAUCUUUCUGCUUGGAAACAAAAUGGAUGCAGCAGAGAGAGAGACCCAGCACGUGCCCAAGAUGGAGGGGGAAAGGCUGGCGAAGGUGCGGCUCUGUAUGCUACUCUCUGCUCCAAAGGAAUACAAGGCUGUCUUCUAUGAGUGCAGCGCUAUGACUGGCUAUAACAUCCUGGAGCCCAUGUUGCAUAUGGCAAGGCUGCUGACAGCUCAAGAGGACAAGCAGAGGGAAAGUGCCCUGCACCUGGAAGAGUGCCACAAGAGGAAGGGAUGCUGCAUGUGACGAAGUAAAGAGCAUCCCUCAGGAGCAUGUGGGGGCUGCACAUGGCUGGCUGGUUAUCAGCUCCACAGGGACUCAGGAAGGUGCAAGCUUGUCCCAAGAGGGAACAUCCAGACGUUAAAAUGAAGCAAGCUUGUUGCAACAGAAUAAUUCUAAUCUCCCUCCCCACCUCUAUCCCUAUGCUCUCAUACAACUGCAGCAUUCCCCUCCUCCCCCAACUCCAGGGACAUACUGCUUGAGAUGUUGCAUUGGCUGCACAGAAAUUGGUUCUCCCCUUUGCUUGUUCGUUUUGUGUCACACACAGGUGAAUGGAGGGCACCUCUAACACUCCGUUUUAAAUAAGCUAAAGCAAUGUCCAGCUGUGUAAUAA